AUGUUAUUCUCCAUGAAUCUUUUUGCCUAUUUUGUUGUUCCAUCAUUUAUCCCUAUACUAGUUACAAUAACAUAUCUUAAAUGGCUUUCAUCUUCUUCCAGAACACACAAAAACCUACCACCAUCUCCUUGGAAGCUUCCAAUAAUCAGAAACCUUCAUCUCGUUGGCAAGAAUUACCACCGGUCCUUGAGGAAAUUGGCUAGAAAACACGGUCCCCUCAUGCUUAUGCAUCUAGGAAGCGUACCAGUCGUGGUUGUCUCUACCGCUCAUGCAGCCCAAGAAAUCUUGAAAACCAAUGAACUAGUAUUCUUGGACCGAGGGGAAUCAGACAUCAUUCGAAAAAUAACCUAUGGCGGAAAAGAUAUCGCGCUUUCUAACUAUGGAGAGUAUUGGAGGCAACUUAGAAGUAUUGUUGUCUUGCACCUUCUUAGUAACAAAAGUGUCCAAUCAUUUCAACAAGUGAGAGAAGAAGAGAUGACUCUUAUGAUAGAAAAAAUCCAAGAAACAUGUGGUUCGAAUUCGGUAGUUAAUUUCACAAAGUUGAUACUUUCAUUUAGUAAUGAUGUAAUGUGUAGGGUAGCUUUGGGCAGAAAAUACAAUGGAAAAAAGUUUAAUACCAUGGUUGAACAGUUCAAACAAUUGGUGGUUGCUUUUAGUGUUGGACAGUAUAUACCCUCUCUAUCUUGGGUAGAUGAAUUAAGAGGCUUACAUGCAAGAUCUCAGAAAAUUGCCAAAGAAUUUGAUGAGUUUCUUGAAGGUGUUAUCGAAGAACGCUUAUGUAUAGACACGAAAGAAUCUGUUGAUCAUCAAGACCGCUCUUUCAUUGAUAUACUGCUAGAAAAACAAAAGGAAGACGAAAGCGGCUUUCAGUUUAGUAGAGAUACUAUUAAAGCUGUCAUAUUGGACAUUUUUGUUGCUGCAACUGAUACAACAUUUACAGCUCUAGAGUGGGCAUUCAGUGAGUUGCUUAGAAAUCCAUUGGUGAUGAAAACCCUACAAAAAGAGGUUAACUUACUAGCCCAAGGCAAACCAAAAAUCAAUGAGGGUGACAUAGGAAAACUUGAGUAUCUAGAUGCAGUGCUCAAAGAGACCAUGCGACUACAUGCACCCGCUCCAAUAAUUCCAAGAGCAUCAUCUCAGGAUGUUCAAAUAAUGGGAUAUGAAAUUGAAACAGGAACAAGAAUAGUUAUCAACGUGUGGGCAAUAGGACGAGAUCCUGCAAUAUGGGAGGAACCUGAGGAGUUUAGGCCAGAGAGAUUCUUAAAUACUUCUUCUUAUGAUUACAAAGGGUCUCAUUUUGAGUUCAUCCCAUUUGGUGCUGGAAGGAGAGGGUGCCCGGGUACUCAAUUUGCCAACACGCUUAUAAAGCUUGCCCUCGCGAAUGUGGUUUACAAGUUUGAUCUUGCACUUCCUGGAGGAGAGAAUAUGGACAUGAGUGAGAGCACUGCUCUUACAGUCCACAGGUUGAACCAUUUGCUUCUCGUGGCGACUCCUCGUUCAAAAUUAAACUAA